AUGAGCGCUAUCGCCGGGUUUGACCCUGCCGUGUUGGAAGUCCCCACCGAGUACGACGAGUUCCUCGACAUCUUCGCCAAGGUGGCCACGCCGGGCGGCAUCCGGACCAUCAACCUCCACUGCAUCGGCGCCCUUCCGCACGGGCGUCCGCUGGAGGGCGCGUCUCUCGACGGCGUGUCGGCGCUUUUCCUCGCCCUCACGCAGGCGGGUGACGCAGCCACGCCCCCCGAGAUUUUCAAGGUCGGCCUGGCCGCUCGUGCCGCAGGAGUGUCCGACGAGGACAACGACGCCCGCGUGAAGCGGGCCCUCGUCCNUGUCCCCACCGAGUACGACGAGUUCCUCGACAUCUUCGCCAAGGCGGCCACGCCGGGCGGCAUCCGGGCCAUCAACCUCCACUGCAUCGGCGCCCUUCCGCACGGGCGUCCGCUGGAGGGCGCGUCUCUCGACGGCGUGUCGGCGCUUUUCCUCGCCCUCACGCAGGCGGGUGACGCAGCCACGCCCCCCGAGAUUUUCAAGGUCGGCCUGGCCGCUCGUGCCGCAGGAGUGUCCGACGAGGACAACGACGCCCGCGUGAAGCGGGCCCUCGUCCAGGCACUGGUAUCGUACCUGUGGCGAUGCACGGACCAUGGCGGUCUGAAAAUGUCCACGGGAGGCGCAUACCUCCCGGCCGACCCGGCCACGUCAGGCCCUCCCGCAGCUGCCGCGUCCGCCAAGGAGGCCCCGCCCAUCGCGCACCCUGACAUCGCCGGCACCAAGCGCCUUCUGGACGAGAUCUCCCGGGGAAGGAACGGUUGGGAUGCGGCGAGCGCGAGCUCACCUAGCGAGGCGGGAGCGGGCGAACCUAGCCUCAAGCAGUCGCUAAUCUACGUCAGCGUCUCGGCCAAGGUGAGUCCUUUGUUGUGCGUUUGAUUUUUGCUCUUUUCGGCGACCCACCUGCGAUUACGGCAACCACCACUUUUUCGUUUCUCGUGACGGCUGUAAUCGUUUUCCAUUUUUCUCGACCCGCUUUCCCUCCGGUUUCUUACACAUUUCGAGGUUCCAAACGACAGUCUCGGGCUACCCAUGCCCUCUCUCAUUCCUUCCCCUCUCUUCUUCGCUCAUCCGGGUUUUCUCUCACACUUGCCGAACGCCCUUUUUCGCGGCCACCCGUUUUUCCGGGCUCAGAUCUCUCUGUUUUCUGCUCGCGUUCCGGUCUUUUUAGUUUUUUGUCCGCACCUCCGUAUUCCAUAUCAUUUGUACAUAAAUUAGGUGUCACGUGAAUAUUAUAUGCGGUUUCCUUUGAGACGUGGGUCGCCCCCGAUUUGGUUCUUGAACAUGAAUUUCGCGUUCCCAAGCAUACAGCAGUAGUACAUCGUUCAUU